AUGCCGUCACACACCAAAGAACUGCAUUCGGACGUUAUCGUCAUUGGUGCAGGGUUUGCCGGAUGUUACCUUCUUCGCAACCUACGCAAACAGGGAUUCCAAGUCCAGGUCAUUGAAGAAGGCCACGGAUUGGGAGGCGUUUGGUGGCAUAAUCGCUACCCCGGCGCCCGUGUCGACACUGCCACGCCUUUCUAUGAGUUUUCUGAUCCUGAGCUCUGGAGAGAAUGGGCUUGGACAGAGAAAUACCCCAGUCAGCCUGAGAUUCUCCGAUAUUUCGAAUUCGUUGACCGUAAGUGGGAUCUUAGUAGGGACAUCACUUUCGGCGCGAGGGUCACUGAUGCAACAUUCGAUGCACACACCAACCGUUGGAAUAUUAUCACCGACCAUGGCCAACUUAUGUCAGCUCGCUUCCUGCUACCCGCGAUGGGGUUUGCCGCCAAGACAUACAUUCCCGAUCUAAAUGAUCUUGACAGCUUCGAUGGAUCAUUGUUCCAUACCGCUCAUUGGCCUCACGAACCAUUGGAUCUUUCCGGCAAACGCGUCGGCAUCAUUGGGACAGGGGCCACUGGCGUUCAACUGGUUCAGGAGAUAGGUCCAGUCGCUGAGAAGCUCGUUGUUUUCCAGCGAUCACCAAACUGUACCAUGCCGAUGAGACAGAGGUUAUCGGUGGAUGGAGAGCCAGAUAAGAGUGGCUAUGAAGACCUUUUUUCCCAAAUGAAGAAGUCUAGGGCCGGCUUUACAUACCCAGUGGUCACCAGGAAGGCCAUGGAUGACACACCCGAGCAACAGCAACUCCUCUUUGAAAGUCUCUGGGAGGAGGGCGGAUUUGCGCCUACUCAUGGCAAUUACUCAGACUUUAUGACAAAUCUGGAAGCGAACCACCUGUUCUACAACUUUUGGCGAGACAAAGUUCGACAGAGAAUACACGUGGACGACCCUGAAUUGAUCGAGAACCUCGCUCCAAGGAACCCGCCCUACCCAUUUAGCACGAAACGGCCAUCCCUUGAACAAAACUACUACGAGAUUUUCAAUCGAGAUAACGUCAGCCUCGUCGCCUUAAAGAAAAAUCCCAUAGACCGGAUUCUACCAAAUGGAGUGAGGAUGGAGAAUGGCACUGUCCAUGAGCUUGACGCUUUGAUCCUCGCAACGGGGUUUGACGCCAUCACCGGAAGCUUCAGCAGAGUCAACUUCCGUGGUCUGAAAGGCAGGUCACUGAACGAAAUGUGGAAAACUGGAACUCGCACAUACCUAGGUAUGACGACUUCAGGUUUCCCGAACCUGUUCUUCCUGUACGGGCCACAGAGUCCGACCGCAACUGCUAUCGGGCCAGUCAUCUCGGAGAUACAAAGUGAUUGGAUCAUUGAGACACUAGUUCGUCUACGAGAUAGGGGGCUAUCAAGAAUUGAUCCUCAGCCCGCAGCCGAGCAGACAUGGGGACGUUUGACGGCCGACUUCUGUAACGCAACGCUUUUAUCACACAACAAGACGACCUGGUACAUGGGCGGCAACAUUCCUGGAAAACAGCGUGAAGCUUUGAGUUUCAUGGGUGGAAUCCCGGAGUAUCAGAAUGCCCUUAACAAUUGUCACUCGAACGAUUUGCUGGGAUUCAACUUCUGCUAG